AUGAAUGGCGUCGACGUUAAGCGCUUCGUGCGCUACUUCUAUGACCCUCCACCAAAAUAUGAUGACAUGUCAGGCACCUCAAUAUGGCUGCUUGGAGAAGAGUAUCAGGCUGCACCACCCAAGCCGGUAACAACAACGGACCACGACGAUGUGGUUGAAGUCGAGUCCUCGUCAGAUUCCCAUGACCCUUCUGAUACGAGCGCUCUGUCAUCGACAGCAGAUCAACCCACACAGCAGCAACCUCAUGAAUCUCUAUCGCACAAUACAAGCAGUUUUGAUGAUGCCCAGCAUGUCACGGGAGGAAACAAUCUCCCGUCACUGUCGAACGACCCUUCCGAUCGGGGAUGGCCCAUCGCGUUUCUUGAUGACUUCGAAUCCCGGAUAUGGAUGACCUACCGCUCCAAUUUCACGCCUAUCCCUCGCUCGCAAGAGCCCGGUUCUACUAUGUCCUUGUCCUUUUCCGUUCGCCUACGCAAUUUUGCCGAGAGAGAUGGCUUCAGUAGCGAUACAGGCUGGGGAUGUAUGAUCCGCUCAGGACAAUCUCUUUUGGCAAACGCUCUGGUCAUGCUCCAUCUGGGGCGGGACUGGCGGCGACCUCACACAUAUACCAACCGUACUGUGUCUCCUCCAAAUGGUCACUGCCUCGGCUCGCCUCCCGUCACCCAGACACAAAGUGAGGCCUCUAUCCUUUCUCUCUUCGCCGACUCCCCCCUCGCCCCAUUUUCCAUUCACCGUUUCGUCCAGCACGGCGCAUCCGCCUGCGGUACACAUCCAGGCCAGUGGUUCGGCCCUUCUGCCACAGCAUCAUGCAUCAAAGAGCUCUCCGCCGAGUGUGCUGCCGCAGGUUUGCGAGUCUACGUGACCCCAUCUGCAAGCGAAGUUUACGAAGACAAGUUCCGCAGCAUCGCACGCGCUUCCGCCACUGAUCUGACUAUCAGACCUACAUUGAUACUUCUGGGAAUCAGGCUGGGACUGGACCGAAUUACACCGGUCUAUCACGAAGCCCUCAAAAGCAGCCUCACAUAUCCUCAGUCAAUUGGGAUCGCGGGUGGCCGGCCAUCUUCCUCACAUUACUUCAUUGGGUGUCAAGGGGACCUCUUCUUCUACCUCGACCCUCAUGAGACCCGCCCAGCCCUGCAGCAUCACUCUGACCCAAGCGAAUACACCGAGGAAGAAAUCUCCACAUGCCAUACGCGCCGUCUUCGAGGGUUGAGAAUAAGUGAGAUGGAUCCCUCUAUGCUUAUCGGUUUUCUCAUCAAGGACGAACAAAAUUGGGAGGACUGGAAAAGAAGGAUAAAAGAGGUCAAAGGCAAGGCGAUUGUGUCUGUCUUUGACAAGGAGCCGCCGGUGCCCGGCGAAACAAGCGAGAGGAAGGAGGCUGUGGACGAGGUGCAGACAUUCGAUGACGAGGAUGAGGAUGACGAGACGGUGACUGUCACGGGGAAAGAGUGUGAUCAAGCCAAACCCGAGGGCGAGGGAGACGAGGAUGGUAUCAAAGUCGACCACCAAGUGGCAGGGGAAGGGCAAAGCGAUGUAGUCCAUGUUGGACUCGCCAACUCGCAAGAUCCCGUCAAAAUCCAGGGUUGA